AUGCCUACAUCAGUACUGCUCCCCUCGCUGGUCCUCAUAUUGACCUGCGUGAUCAAUGUCCAAGCUCUCUACGGCAAAUCAUCCCCGGUGCUCCAAGUUACAGCAAAGACAUACGAUUCACUGAUUGCACAGUCUAAUCAUACCUCCAUUGUUGAGUUCUACGCCCCCUGGUGUGGCCAUUGCCAAAACCUCAAACCUGCAUAUGAAAAAGCGGCAAAAAAUCUGGCUGGCCUGGCCAAGGUCGCAGCGAUUGACUGUGACGAUGAUGCCAACAAACCCUUCUGUGGUCAGAUGGGUAUCCAAGGCUUUCCAACUCUGAAGAUCGUCAGACCAGGUUCUAAGCCAGGUCGCCCUAUCGUCGAGGAUUAUAUGGGUCCUAGGUCGACAAAAGGCAUUGUGGAGGCGGUCAAGGACAAAAUUGCAAAUCAUGUCAAGAAAUUAUCAGGUGAUGCUUUGGAGAAGUGGUUGGACGAAGAAGAGGCCCCGGCCAAAGCCAUCGUAUUUACGGAUAAGGGUACAACCAAUCCACUAGUCAAGAGUUUGGCCAUCGAUUUCCUCGGCAGCGUCGCGUUCGCCCAAGUCCGAGACAAGGCUACCGCUCAGAAGUAUGAGGUAUCUGAAUUUCCGGCCAUUCGACUUAUCCCUUCCCAUGGGGCUCCUCCAAUUCCAUACGAAGGAGAGAUCAGUCGAGACUCCUUGGUGAGUUUCUUCAGCCAGGUUGCUCCUCCAAACCCUGAUCCGGCACCGAAGAACGCAAAGUCAGCCAAGCCAUCAAGCAAGAAGUCCAAGCCGAAGUCCUCAUUAUCAGCUUCAGCUGCAUUCUCGAGAGCUUCAGCAGCCCACAAAUCUUCCGACUUUGAGGAGCAUCUCGCCGGCUCUAGCACCAUCGUUCUUGACGAUCACACUCCUACCGAGUCCCCUCUGCCAGUUGUUGAGGCUGAGAAGCCGAUGAUUGUUCGAGAAUCCAUUGCCCCGAUCCCUACGCUCUCUACUUCCGCGGAAGUAGAGGCUGCCUGUAUGAUGCCGAGAAGCGGUAAUUGCAUAUUGGUGCUGCUCCCCCCGUCGCAGGAAGCACCUUCAGAAUCGGCAACUUCCGCAUUAGCAGGCUUCGCUGAAAUCGCCGACAAGUAUAACAAACGCAAGGCUAGUAUGAUACCUAUUUACGCAGUGCCUGCUGACAACCAGGCGGCGACCCUGAUCAGAAAUGACUUAGCCCUUGGACCAGAGGAACAGAUGGAAGUCGUCGCAACCAAUAUGAAGAGAGGUUGGUGGAGACGAUACUCAAGUGAAUCUUACGACGUUACCGACUUGGAAAACUUCGUCGAUGCUAUCAAACUCGGAGAAGGUUCUAGGUCCGAACUACCCGCUGGUUUUGGUGUAGUGACAGAGAAGGUCUCAAAACCUGGUACCACAGAGACGGUCAGUAUUGCUGAACAUGUUGAGUCCGUUGAAGGUGGUGAAGGUGUAGCCGACCCUGAACCAGAACAAAGUCCAGAAGCUGAGGCUACUGGUACUGUUGUCAGUGUUGCCGAAGCGGAGCCUGAACCUGAUGGUACCCCGAACAUGAAGCAUAAUGAGCUGUGA